CCAUUAAGACAUUGCACUUAUUGCAUUCAAUUUGUCUAGUGAAAACAGCUAUUAAUUCCCUUUCAUGAUCUAUUAAUGACUAUUAUAAUGCAGUUAUUUGGUUAAAUUAUUUACAUAUCAGGUAAGUUCUGUUUGCCAAGCAUUGAAAUCUGAAAUCUGAAAAUUGAAUAUUAUUUUUUGUUUGUCAAUACACAAGUUAUUAGUCACUAUAAUAUUGUAAGGACCAACCUUAAUGUACUUUGAAUCUUGGAACAAAAUUAUUUAAUUAUGUCUCAUUAUAUAGUCUAAAAUUAACCCAUACUAAUUUUAAUUUAAAACUAUUAGGUAGCUAUGUGUAUGCAUAUCAUAUAGCAUGAGAUCCCUUAUUUAGUAAUAUAUGUAUCUGUAAUCUGAUACAGUGCUUAGAUAGUGAUAGUUAUUGAGUGAACACGUUCCUUAUUCAUUUUUAGAAGUUUUAUCGGUUCAUACAGAUAGUUUUUUAAUCUAAUCAUAUUAUUUGUCACUUGUUAUCCUAAAAUAUUGCUGACACAGAAAGAUAUUAUAUUUAUGAACUAAAUUAUGUGUCAAUUUAGAAGUACCUACAUAAUAUGCCGCUUGAGUGCUGGCCGCUCAAGCUCUGGCAGGGGGUCAAAUUUGUCAAUAGGGCCCAGAUAUAGUCCAACUUUCUUGUUGCCAGGAUCAAUGUUGUUGUUGGGACGGGUUGGGUCACAAACAAAGGAGAAUGUACAGGGCUGGCGUAAUCAAGACUCCCGUGUUGCAUUUGUCAGUGAUGUCGACAGCCGAAGUCAAUAUAAAGACAAACCCGAAGAGUCAGAAAAAUCUCAAUUACCACCAGUACACAAAAAUACGAAACUGGUGCGCAAGAACUCUCUUCUUCAUUCAGCAUGGGUUAUCAUUGCAAUAGUGUUAACAAUUAUAUUCGGUGCCAUAGCUGUCUACUAUUGGGUUCUGUUUUAUCCGAUUCUGUGCAAGAAAGAGCGCAAGUAUGACGUCAUGCAAAUGUCCGCCAAACCAUAAUGACUAUGCAUAUAAUUCAACAAUCAAGAAAUAAACAUUAAAAUCUCUAGGUGGUGGUGACUAACUGACUCUAUUCUGAAAAAAUUAUCGUGAUAAUAUAAAUGUUUAAGAGAACGUAACGCUGACAUUUGUUGUAUCCGUGUUACAAAUGUUUAACACACCGAAUUUACCUUCAGCAUAUCACGUAUUUGUGAGUUUAAAAAUUGGAGUGAAUUGAACUUUUAUAAAACUUGAUGGUAAGAAUAAUAAAUAUGUUUGUAUGUGGGUAUUUUACGACAAUUCAGUUUUUGAGUAAGUUAUGAGCAUUUUUAAUUUACUCUAUAUUUUAUAAUUAAUACUUGCUAAAAAAUUGAACUAUUGUAAAAAACCUCCAACAAACACCAAUUAUGUUCUUUCUAUCAGGCUUCAUGACAGGUCGAUUCACUCUAAUUUUUAAACAAACAAAGCUACAAACUGAAUGUAAAUUCGCUAUGUUAGGCACCUGUA